AAAGCGUGGCUUUGAAUCAUCGUGCGCAAUCUCCCUCGGAAGCUCAUAGAAGAAGCGCGCAUCAUUGCGCUUCUACUCGCUCGCUUUCCAUCAGCACAUAUUGACCAAACGACAGGCAAAGGUGCAGAGCAAGAGCACGAGAGAGCAUGUCCAACGUCUCCUCCUCCUCGGGCGAGCAAGCACUCGGCGGAGGUGCGGAUAGCGGGUCAGGCGUCGCAGUGGCCCACAGCCACGGUCUCAGUCACAGUCUAGCGCGCCGAGCUUCCUCUCCCACACCCACCACGCCCUUGACCGGCGUGACCAGCAUCUCUUCCCGACCUCCCUCCAUAGCCGGCAGUCUAGCGCUCACAGACGAUUCGACGCGCGUGGUCACCGGAGGAGCUUCUUCCUCCCAUCCCCUUCAACACUACUCUUCCUCUUCUCAUCAGCUCAAUCUGGAGAACAUGCAUCGACAACCCGCUAGUUUGACUGCGCGAAAUUUGGGCAGAAUCCCAGACGCUGAUGAGGUUGCACCUGGCAUACGUCUGCCAAACGAGGGUGUGGACGAUGCUCAUCAUCACGACCAUCACGAUGAGCAUGAGCAGCGAGAGCGAGAGCAAGAGCGAGCAGAGCAUCAAGAUGCCGUCGGCGACUCUCGUCUGCAAAAGCUUCCAGAUGGGGAUGCUUCCAGUCCGGAGAGGAGCAGGGAGAGGGAACGUUUCGAUAGGAGAGGCACCAUCAAUGCCAACUUUAGAAGCAGCAGCGCUCACGAUGCACCUCUCAGCGAUGGAACGCCCUUGGGAAGCGAAGCGGGCGCUGGCGAUGCGGAUAGGGAUGAAAGGGCAUACGUUGGGCAUUACGGCGAAGGCGGUGCUCCCGUAGCGCGCACACUCAUGCUCGACGCUGCUGCCACGCUCGCCUAUAGCCGGUGUUCCGCCCGAGUUGGACCCUCGCACUUCAAAGUUCAGACCACCUUCACCAGCAGCUUCCGUCUUCAGCGUGGCUGUGCAAGCUCCAGGCUCGCCCAAGCCCGAGGUGUUGGAUACCGAAGCGGUGCAUCCCUUCAGCAGCGGAUCGGUCGAAGAUGCGGAGCCUCUCUCUCCAGCUUUUGAGCUAGCUCCAAACAUUGCGCUUCCUACGGUCACCUCUUCCAACAAUAGCGUGCAUGCGUUGGGACAGGGCACCAGCAGCAUCGCUGGUGCUGUUCCCGGCGAAAAUUUGCUGCGUCGUUCUAGUCUGGCCACUAGCGCUAGCAUCAGCGGAGCAACGGCAGGAAGCAACUCUAGGCCCGUCUCUCCCAUCCCUUCUUUGGGCAUCUCCCCUCCUGGAACUCCUAGCUUUCCACCCGGACCAGGCGGCCACGUGGGACUUGGAGGAUUGAACCUCAGAAAUAGAAGCGCCUUGGGAGCGCUCGUCAGUCAAGCGCCCAGCGAGUAUGGUA